AUGAACGACCUCAGUUGUCUAACAUAUGAUGGUGAAACAUACCGAUGGCUUAAAACUUUUGAAGACCUAAAGUGUUUUAUCAACGAAGCAUUAAAUAUGAAAGGCAGGUGGAAAUCUCCUGGAGGAGACGUCAAAGUUUUCAGAAGCGAUGGAGAAGGGGAAUUUGUCAUCAAAUGGCAUGGUCCUCGUUCAAAAAAGCUGAUUAUACAGAGUGACAAUGCCGAGGAAAACCUAAAGUCGAAGCUUGAAAGUCUGAUUGAUCAGGGCCCGAGCAAUGUAAACAUUUCACACGAACCUACAGAUGUAAUUUGUCCAUCGGUGCCGGAUGUUUGUGUCAGUAUUGAUGAACCACCUGUGUCGCAGUUUGCGAACCUGAAAGCGGAUUUUGCAAGUUUGGUAGAUAUUACAAGCAAUCUGUUAUCGGAAGUUAACUCUAUGCGAUCUAAGCAAAAAGAUUUUGAAUCCGUUAUUCGCAAGCAAGACGACGCGAUUUGUAAACUUAGCGAAGAAAAUUUAUUCCUCACGUCAAGCUUACUGUCCCUUGAGAGUUCAAUAUUCAAUGUAAUGAAUAAUAAUUAUAUGUUCAACAAUCCCAAAAACAGUAUGAAAAUUACCAUCUCUAAUGAUCCUGAGGCCAUUGAUAAAUAUCAGUCAACCGACCCUAACAAAAAUACCUCCCACACCAGCGGACCAUUUUUACUGAAUGAAUCUAGUACGCUCGAUGAAUCUGUAACUAUAAUAAAAGAUCAACCUAGCGUUUCUGUAAGCGAUCAACCUAGCGUUUCGGACAUUGAGGUUGUUGACAACCGCAAAUCAGUCGAAGCAACCAAACUAGAUAAAACCAGUAAAACCAAACCAACAAUGGACGAAACUAAUAGCAACGCCCCUGGAUCUGUUACUGAUCAUUCCAAUCGAGCGCCAUCCGGAUACUCAAAACAUUUAACCCCUUGUCCAUUCCUGAAGAAAAGAGGGUUCUGUAAAAAAGGUCCUGUGUGUGAUUUCCUACACCAAAAACGUCUAUUUCAUAGUGACAUGCAAGGACUCCACCACAAUUCAAUGGGCCAGCCUUUCCCACAUCAAAAUAGCACUAAUAGCAACGCCUCUGGACCCGUUAUUGAUCAUUCCAUUCGAGCGCCAUCCAAAUACCCAAAACAUUUAACCCCUUGUCCAUUCCUGAAGAAAAGAGGUUUCUGUAAAAAAGGUCCUGCGUGUGAUUUCCUACACCAAAAACAUCAAUCUCAUAGUAACAUGCAAGGACCCCACCAUAAUUCAAUGGGCCAAGCUUUCCCACAUCAAAAACGCCAAUCGCAUAACAACAUGCAACGACCCUUCCAUAAUCCAAUGGGCCAAUCCCCAUUUUUACCUGCUUUUCGCUAUUCUCCUUUUCCUGUGAAUCCUUGUUAUUUUCCUCCUUUUCGGAUCCCAACAUACCACCCCACACCCCAACCUUCCCUUUAUCCUCCUCCUUUGAUGUCAAUACCAACGAGAUCCCCAGUAAUAUACUGA